CCGGGAGGUAGACAGUUCUUCGUCCGCGGACGUUGUUGCCAAUUCUUUAGGCAGUUGGAUGCAACCUCCAAAGCUCUCGGGAAAAGCGAGAUUUCGUUUUCUGGGGAAAUCCGCAGCUGACUGUUGGAACGGCGAACUGUCCGAAGAGGUCGUCGGGGCCAACUCCAGGUGUUGUAGCUGGCAAUGCAAGUCGACGGCUUGUUCAGUUUCCAUAGCCCGGUUCAUGCGGCCGUUCGCCGAGCCUUCUUCGGCGCCAUCAUGCAACCGUCGGUGCAGCGGAUGCGAUUCCUGUCAGCGCAAUGGAUUAUUCUCUCUUCUGCGGGUCGAACGGGUCAUUCGAAUUCGUGUCCACACCCUGGAAAACAGCGGAGCAAACUGUAAGCACGGUCAGAUUUACACGUUGAGGGCACAAGUUUUUCUUCAAUGCCAAGCCAAACAAGAAUCGUGGGGGCGGUCGCGUGGAACGAAUGAGAGAGAAGCAGAACGGGACACGCAAACCGUGUGCCCCGAUGUCCACGUCAUCCGUUCCCGCCGUCCCAGCCACUUGCGACACGUGGCACGACAUGAUGAUAAUGAUGACGACGGUGAUGACCACGAUGAUGGUGACGAUUACGGUGGUGAUGUUGAUCUGGGCGACGAUGUCGGUGACGAUGAUGACAAUGUUGAUGACGAUAAUGAUGUCGAUGAUGAUGUUCAUAAUGAUGAUUAUUGUGAUGACGACGAUGAUGAUGAUGACGAUGAUGACGACGAUGAUGACUAUGUUGAUGAUGGCGAUGACAACGAAGAGGACGAUGGUGGUGAUUUUGAUGACGACGAUGAUGUCGCUGAUGAUGAUGAUGUUGUUGAUGGUGUUGAUGAUGUUGAUGAUGAUGUCGAUGAUGAUGACGAUGUUGAUGACGUUGACGAGGUUGAUGAUGAUGUUGUUGAUGAUGAUGAUGAUGAUGUUGAUAAAGAUGAUGAUGAUCACGAUGACAAUGAUAGUUGCGUGAUGGAGGGGACCUUCUCGACACCACGCAUCUUCCAGUCGAUCUUCUCGAGACCACAGGCCAUGAGUGUCGAGACGCACAUUCGCUUAGCAGAACCUUUUGAUCCUUGUGCGAAAUCCGUGCGGCAUUUCAACGGUGUGACAACGAUCCAUGGAGCGACCGCAGAGGAUUUCGACGAGGACCCAUGGAUGACCGUCGUCCUGUGCAUGGACGCGCAUCUUGACGACUGUGGCGAGGGCAAUUGGGACAAUAUGGAGACUCACUGCCCUUGGGCAAGCCAGUACAAGUUCGCGAAUAUGUUGGAGUUCGGGGACCUCAUCCCACUGCCUGACGCCGUCCUCGGACAUAAGUUCCUGAACCAUAUGCGGAAAGCACUAAGCUGCAUUAGCCGCUAUUUCAGUCGCCUCGAGUGCCACAACGUCAGGUCAUCGCCACAAACUUGGGGUGGCUCGCUGAAACAAGAGUUGGUGGAUUGCGCUCGUCGCUGCUCGUUCCUGGACGAGUAUCCGCUCCGUGGCCCCGAGAUUUCUCCACGAGCUGUGUCGUACUGCUGUGUGCGGUUGACUCUGUCCGGAUCUGAUUUCGCCAGAGUUCUGUAUGUCGCUGCUUCGAACAAGAGCAGGAAACUCGUCGACGCAGUUGAGCACGUGUCGCGCAACGAGAUUGUGAUUGAAGGGUCCAAAUUCGUGCCGAUGCGUGGGCCAGAACAUGUGGAUGGGUGGCCAGAUUUGGUGAUAGCAGCGGGUGCUGCGAACACCCCGUUCUACAACGACCUCCGCCGGCAGGGCAGGUUUGUUUUGGGUCGAGAGUUCUUCGACCUGUUGGAGGACACAGGCAUCGCACUCGAUGUCCCUUGCGAAGUCGGUCCCGACCUGGAACUGUCAAUGCCUUUGCAGCCAUGCGGCGGUUGUGAGUCGAGCGGGGCAGCGGGGAGGGGGGCGGAUCUGGUUUCCGGGGAGGCUACACAUGUGCAGCGGGAGGAUGCCAGAGGUCAGUUUGAUGACAGCAAAGAUGAGGCAACACCUCGUCCGCCGUUUUCGCCGUCGAGGGAAAGAGACAGCGUGCAGGACAUGGUUCAGCUGGUGAAGUGCGACCGCGUGCUGGUCCGGUUGUGGAAUUACUACCAAUUCAAGCACGAGAAGAGGUCGGACGUGGACUGGAUCCAAUGGUAUUCUUUCCUGAAAUCGAGGUCUGCCGUGUUCAAGAAGUUUGAAGGUCAGGGAUUGGAUGACGAGUUGUGGGAUAACAGCAGGAAACACGUUUUCGACCCGGCGCUGUUCAAGGACUGCCUGCUGUACAUGGGUUGCGACCAGGACAACUCGAUUGAGGUGACGGAGAAGUUGGCGGGCCACAAGAAGUUGUCCGUCGACUGGAGAAACAACGUUCUCUUCGUGUUGAAUGAAAGCAGACUGAAGAGACGGGAAGUCGCACUUGCCGAAGGUGUCGUUCACAAUAAAUGGAAAGACACGAGGGACGUGACAUCCAUCGCGCCGUUCGCCAACGACCCUUUAGAGGCGGACAUCAGGGGCGCAGAGCUGAAGGAGGCAGUGGCUGCCACAAAGAGCCACACGUUCGUCCUCGAUCUGUGCGAGCCGGUUGACCUCAAACUGUGGAAGUCCCAAGCGUGGGAGACUUUGAAUUCCUAUCUUCAGACGUGGUGUCCCUCGCAUUGGACUCUCGUUGUUUUCAUGCCGCGGCAGCACAACCUGUCAUUUCUCGCCAGCAUGCACCAUCUUUCUUUCGUUAAGCUGUUGGAAGGGAAGUGGGUGCGGAGAGUGCAGCAAAAAAAAAGCUUCCCCGUUGGGAAUAAUUUGUACACGGAGGAAGACCGCAUGUACAUCAUCUUCAAGGGUGACGAUCUGCGCGUCAACACGUUCGUGGUCUACGAGGGAAACCUGCCCACGGGUGCCGCUGCUGCGGUGCGAUUGCCUCAGAGGGUCACCCAGACGGAUGGCAGCGUCUACGGGGAUAUGGAACGCAAUCCGACCCAAUUCGUCGGUCUUCUUGAUUUUCUUGGCAAGAAAGGAGAGGGUGUCGUGUUCCUUGGGAAACCGCACGCACGAAGCGUCUGGGAGCUUCUGAAGGCCGGCCGGCACGUUGUCGCAAUGGAAGUGAACUCUGACCUCUUGCAAUUCACGAUGCAGGUGGUGAAAAGCGAGGUCAAUUCGAGUGGGCACAAUUGUGAGUUCAUGGUCGUGAGGCCAACACGGGACAAGGUGUGGAGCAAGAAGACGGAUAUGUGGUUCAAGUUGAGCAUGAGAAAGAGGAACAAGAUAUACGAUUUCUUGUUCCUUCAAACGCGUCCGAGGAGGGACACUGACGCUGAGUACAUCCGCAGGAAGGACCACAUGUUGGCACUGCUCGACAACUACCACUUCGCCUCCCGCAUGAACGCGAAGACGUUUAUCGAAAGGCUGCAGUCGCUGUACUUCGUGGAGUCCGAGGAGCAGUUGAAGUUAGCCGGUUACGCUUCCCUGAUCUCCACUGACGACGAGGAAGCCAUAGGUGUGGAGUUUGUCACCAACACGAAGGAGGAGGAGAGCAACACGGAGAGCAUCGACCUGCAGUACGACCCGCUUCCGGCGGACCACAGACGAGGGUCCUCGUCGGCCGGUCCAUCACCAAGCGCUGCAGCCCUCGUGUCACCAUUGGCCAAACCGGUGUCGGGCACCACGCGGAUGAAGUUGCUUGAGAGACUUAGAGCUCUGGCCGCCCCCCUGCCCGCUUUGCGUCCCGGGUCCGUUGUCCCGCCCGAUCAUCCGUCUUGGAAGGAUGACAACAUCCACUUCCUGCUUGAACCGCAACGUCAUUCACCUGAGCAGGACUGGGGCCAUGACAUGGUUUGGCAUCCGGGAGUCAUCCAGCCAGCGAUACGAAACGGCGAGUGGGUCAUGACCGUGGCAAUCUCGAGCGCGGGAUGGGUGUCAUUCCCACGCGAGUCGAAGUCCAACUUCCUGCACCUCGCGAGGAUUUCGGUCCUCCAAAAAGUGAAGGUCGAAAAUGACACUUUAGCACCCGACGACCUAUCCCUCAUUUUUACUGCCGGUCGACUGUUCGACGAGCUUCAGGACAAGUGCUGGUUGGAAUUGACGGAGGACUACUCCGUCGAAGGGCGUGGUGGACUGGAAAGGGACGAGUUUCGUGGGAGGGAAGGAGGGGAGGAAAUGGAGGAACAGAAGGGAGCGCAAGAAGGGGAGGAAGAAGGGGAAGAAGAGGUGGAAGGGGAGGAAGCGGGAGAAACGGAGCUAAUUGAUUUGUUUGAAGGAAGGGAGGGUGCCGGGUCUGGAGAAGACGAAGUGGAACACAGUGAGGACGAUGCCGGAUCUAGAGAGUCGUCUUACGAGUUCGGACAACUGCACGGAGAGCAUCACGAGGAUGAUGUCGACGACGAUGCCACGACAAUAGAGAUGGAGACACAAGUGGUCAGCAACCUUUCCGCAGAGCCUAAAGAUUAUGCGGUCCAGCCUUUGACGCCUGUUGUCGACUUGCAGCACCGGUUCGACGAGGCUUCCAUCGCUAUCAGCCCGUCUGAAAAAAGUCGACGUAUAAGCAUCGACGAAGUUAUCGACGGUAUCCUCGGCGACCACAACGUGUGUGCCCGUCCGUCCGCAACUGCCAACGUCGCAUCUUCCGUUGCAGCUGCCCUCGCUUCGUCGCCGCCGAAGUCUCUGGUGCUGCAGGCCACCCUUGCCGCCGAAGGGGAAGGCGAGUGCAGUGGAGGACAGCAUGUGACGUCCCCAAAAAAAUCGAGGUUCGGCGGUCAGGCUCUCGACGUGCUCGCUUUGCCUGCGCCAAAUUCACCAUCGAAGGAGCGGAGAGAGAAACAGACUGGUAGGCCGUGAAUAACGCCUGCGCAUCCGGAUGUCGCCGGAUUACAGUCCACGCUAUACACACGACGACU